CACAACGAAGAUAAUGAAAAUAUGAAAAUACAAAGCAAGUUCGAGGCGUUGUACCUUGAAAAACGUCGAGAAAAACGGUUGUCGGAGUGUAUAAGUAGAGAGAUAGGUAAAAGUAGAGCUCCGGUCGACGGAAAAUGUACCCAACGAUUGGAAUCGAUGGUAUAUGACAAGAAAAGCUCAAAAAUACUAACCGGAAGCUCGGUGGGUCUUGGGAAUGAAUAUGACUCUGUGAUGGUCAAUGUUACCUUUAGGCUAGAACCAAUCUUAAUGAACUUCAAUCGAGAUGGGAGAUUUGGUAAAGGAGAAAUAGGAAGAGGUAGGUGUGGUGGAAAUAGAGUGAUAUGCCAGAUUUUUAAUGUAGCAAAUCACAUUGCAGAUAAGUGUUGGUACAUGAAUGAUUCAAGCUAUCCUACCUCAACUGCAAAUCAGUCUUCUCAACAAGGAUACAUGCAAAGAGAUCCAAAUCUCAAUCUUGCACAAUUCAGGAGCAACAACACAUGUGACAAUGAGUUGGCCAACCUCAACAUGGGUUCUGAGUACAGUGGAAGUAACAGACUCCAAAUGGGAAAUGGAGGAGAGAUCAGUAUCAAUCACAUUGGUAAUUCAUUCUUAAAAUCUCCUCAAAACUCAAAAACCUUCCUCUUGAGAAAUCUAUUGCAUGUGCCAUCUAUUACAAAGAAUCUAUUGAGUGUGUCCUCUUUUUCUCUAACAACAAUGUAUUCUUUGAAUCCUUCUUACUGUCUUGUGAAGGACCAAACAACCAAAGAUAUCCUACUCAAAGGGAAUGUUAGAGAUGGACUUUACCAUUUCAGUCUUCAGAGAACCAAGGUUUUUGGAGAUCAUCAAAAGGCACCUCAGUCAUUGAAUCAACAAU